CGCUAUAUCUCCAUGUGUAAAAUUGUUUUCUGGCGAACUUGCGGCAUCCUCGUCGAAUGUCAUUUUAAAAUUUAUAAUGGUUUUAAUGUGUACUAUCGUCCUGUAGUUCAAUGGUAGGCCGCGUACCAGGCGCUGGUCGGUUCAACACCAAGUCGGCCUCAUUAAUUGCAGCUGGUCUUGGCUUGGCAGUCGUUGGGUUUGCAGGCCGCUAUGCUCUCCGUUAUGGCCGCGUAGCUCAAGAGGUUAUGAGACAACAGAUGGCAGCACUGCCCAACUCUGCGUCAUUUGCUAAUAGUAAAUAUUAUAAAGGAGGAUUUGAUAUGAAGAUGUCAAGAAGAGAAGCUGGUCUUAUUCUUGGAGUCAGCCCUUCCUGUAGCAAGGCUAAACUGAAGGAUGCUCAUAGAACCAUUAUGUUAGCAAACCAUCCUGAUAGAGGUGGCUCACCAUAUAUUGCAUCAAAGAUAAAUGAGGCUAAAGACUAUCUAGAGAGUGGAAAGCAAUGACGUAUAACUGGUCACUCCCUGCGUGGAUUGUAUAUUAGAUUGUGUAAAUUAAUGAUGAGUAAAUAUUGUAGAAAUUACUGCUACUAUCAUUAUGUAUUAAAUUUCAACAGUCAUAUUAACAGAGCAUCUUCUGUUGCCGUAUUGUUCAUGUAUACAAUGCGUACGUAUUGUUCAUGUUCAUUAUUUCUAUAUUGUACUGAAUCAGGUUUACAAUAGUUGCCAAGUUUAUUAUUGUACACUGGUGUCCUGCCCAGAUUUAUUUUGUUUGCAUACUUUUGCUUCGGUCUAAAAUGAUAGCUGUAAUAUGUGAUAGGAUUAUUAAUAAACAGUACAAACCCAUUUUUGCUGCAUGAAUAAACUGGUUUUACUUUGUC